AAACAGCACUUCAUUUGUACAAGCGAUAAAUUAUUGUAGACACAUCGGACGGUCACAUAGAAAUCGGAAAUUCGAGAGCUACUGACAUGCCUUUAGUGCAACCGGACAUGCACACUAUAGGUUACUAUUACGUACAGCACUGACACACUUCAAAAGAACUCCCCGAUUUCAAACUCUUUAAAAGCACGUGUAUCACUCAGGAAAUCUCGGAUCGUUUUUAAGGAGCCUACUUUAUCUAAUCCUUUCACUUGAUACGAGACCGUCAUAUUCGGCGACAAAGAUCUGUUGAUGCAUAGGAUUCGGGGACAUGAAUCUUGAGACGUGGAAUUCCGAACUGUCUGAUUACCUGGUCGGAAAUAACAUAGUGUUGUGCCUUUAUUUGAUUCUUGGAGUCUUUGGAAAUGGCUUGGUUAUCUUGAUCUAUGUCUUUCGGAUGUCUAAGAAGAGCGACGAUCGUUACUUCAUCCCCUCUCUGGCGGCUGUAGACGCUUGUUCGUGUAUCAUUGGAUCCUCAUAUGCGUUGGCCCUGAAUCUUCUGCCUGUGAGAUUUCCAGGGAAUUCCCUCUGUCGCAUUUUGUGGUUCUUCAGCCAGGCUUCAACCAUGUCUGGGGGAACUUUGCUUAUGGUCAUUGCUUUCCAACGAUACCUGAAGGUGUGUCGUCCGUUCUUCAAGAAGUGGUCUUUAAAGAUAAAGAGAAUGGUAAUUUGGGGAACAGUCACCGUUGCCACAAUACUGUCAAUUCCUACACUAUUCUUGUAUGGGGAAAUUCGCGUGGUAAAUGAAAGUUACAGUUCGGACAAUAUUACGUUGGUGGGGUACCGAUGUGGUCACAGUGGCAAGGCGGGGGCACUGUUGGGAUACAACGUGUUUCUGUUCGUCUUUGCUGUGUCUGGUAUAAUCGUCAUCACGAUUUGUUACAUCUUCAUUGGGAAAACUAUCUACAGUAAGGUCAUGGUGUACCGAAAGUCGUUAAGAGGAAUGAAAACCAUUCCUCGACCUGAACUUUCAGUCUCCACCAUUUCUGAUAUAAAACGAAAAACCAGAAGUGUUGAGACAUCUGAUCCUCACAGUGUAGAAAGGGGAGAAUUCGAAGAAAAUCCUAGUAACCUGCAUGAUCAUGAAAGCAGUGACAAUCAAAGACCUCGCCCAGAAGAUGAAACAACUUGCACCAAAAGAAAAUCUCAAGAUAUUUUAUUAAAAGCAAACUUUCCGGCUAUGAAGUACCACUUUCGACACUACAGAUACUCGUACAUGUUCAUGACGAUCACAAUGGUGUUUGUGAUCGCAUACUUGCCUCGAAUAGUUAUCAUGCUGCUCGAGUCUGUUUUUGUGCAAUCGUUUUGGAGAAAACCCGACUCGGUUAUCAUAGGACUGCUGUUUUUGUACAGACUGUAUAUUGUUAAUCAUGUGGUUAACCCCUUUAUCUAUGGAUUCUUUGAUGCCAAAUUUCGACAUGAAGUAAAACGUUUGAUUUGCAGACACAAAUCCGAGUCCAUUCACCCAGACAGCCAAACUGGUCGAUGAGAGAGUGAAAUUCAGUUUUUAUAAAAGGAUGUAUUGUUUGUACAUCCCGACAAGACAUCCUUAUAUUAAACAAAGGGAACGUG